UCGUAAUGAAGCAACGGGGAACCUCACAGAACGCUGCCCUCGUACAGAUUCUCUUGAUUCCCCUAAAAACUAGUUGGUAAUUCUGACAGCUGUCCAGAACCUAAAUGACUUGCCAUUUGCUUUCGUUCUCCCCAGUAUUUGCUUUUUUUGAAAAAUCGUCAUUAUUUGCCUUAAGAUGGUGAUGCCAUAGACGCAAUUAAUCUGUUGAAGCUUUUGAUGUAACGGUACCAGCUGUCAGCAGUUCAUAGACCUGAAAGCGAUUCAAUUGAAAAGAUAGUGACGUGCCCAUAUCAGCGUUUCUUUACGAGUAACCGCCACUACAUAGACUGGAUUUACGGCAGUAAUUCGGGAGCGAGUGAUUGACCAUCAGCAGCAGACGACUUGCCAGUGACGGUGCGAUUCAGCUGUGUUUGUGCUUGGGUGUGAGUCGCUUGUCCGUGAUAAACUCGAAAUCGAAGUGUUGGAAUGGCUUCAGUUUUGGCCCCAGAGUUACCCCCAAGAGGCUUUUCCUUCGAAAAUUGCAAACGCAAUGAGUUCCUUGCAGCGAAAGGCACUUCUAUACCCAAAGCGAUGAAAACAGGAACUACGAUUGUCGGUGUUGUCUACAAGGACGGCGUGAUUCUGGGUUCUGAUACGCGUGCGACAUCUGGCAACAUUGUGGCCACGAAAAAUUGCAAAAAGCUGCACUAUAUGCAUAAGAAGAUAUAUUGUGCAGGCGCAGGUACCGCUGCAGACUGCAGUAUGGUGAACAAAAUGAUCAGCUCUCAGUUAGCGCUUCACGCGUUGAACACUGGACGUGAACCGCGUGUUUGCACCUUGGUUCGAAUUCUCAAGCAGUAUCUCUUCCGAUACCAAGGUCAUGUCGGAUGUGCCCUGAUUAUUGGAGGCGUUGAUUCAACGGGACCCCAUCUGCACUCGAUCAGUCCUCACGGCUUUACGAUGGAGCUACCGUACUUGACAAUGGGCUCCGGAUGUCUAAACGCAAUCACCGUCCUCGAGCUGGGGUGGCAACCUGACAUGGAGCUAGAAGCAGCAAAAAAGUUAUGCCGUGACGCCUUGGCAUCUGGCAUAAUGAAUGACUUGGCUUCGGGUUCAAAUGCUGAUCUUGUAGUGAUUACGCAGGCAGGCGCUCAGAUCCUGCGCCCGUAUGAGGUUAUUCAGGAAAAGGGCGAGCACGCCGGAAUUUACAGCUAUGCGAAGGGGACGACUAGAGUUAUUGAAACUAAGGUGAUUCCAUUCGACAUAGAGAGCAACGUCGUUCGAACGACUUCGGAAGCUGAACCUAUGGACAUUUAAGUCACCGAAGUUAAUCGGAGUUAAUUAAUUCUUAUAGAUGAACUCAGUUGGAAAUUUCAAUAAAAAUGGAAACAUUAAAUUUUGGUUUAUUGUUC